AUGGGCGGUCGUCAUGGCAGGACAGGUGAUGAUGAUGGGGCUAGCAUGAGCGACAACAUCGUGAACAUGACUGCGCUGCCAUCGCGACCUCCGAUGGUGCCUUCUGCUUCGGCGCCGGUAGGCCAGAUUCCUCGACUGCCAUUGCAAGACAUCUCCCAGUAUGCUGAAGAAAGCAUGCCCAGCGUGGCCGUGACAGCUUCGUCGACUUCUCUCGCCGAGCUUGCACAUCUCGUCAAGUUACAAAAUUACCAGGAACAACGACGGGCACAGUCCCGCGUGCGUCUACACCGUUGGCUCGUGUCUAGCGCGCUGUCGGCUCGUCUUGAGCGUGGCGGUGAGCUUGCGCAUCGGUCCUUGAUUGAGAAUUUCCGCUCGGAUGACAAAAAGGGGUUUGCGGCCUUAUACAAUGCAAUACACGAUGUCCGGAGCUCCUGUGAUGCCCUUCGCCGUUACGCCCUUUUGGAGCCUGAAAUAGAGCCGGGCCGUUCUAUGAACGCAAGACGAGCAGAGAAGUCAAGGGCCUUGUCUACAUUCAUGCACGAGCUCCCUUCUCGUAAUCGCGAGGAGAUCACGGGCUUCCUUUCAAAAAUCCGAACCGAUCCUGACUUUCUUGCCGGUCGUAUAGCCAGCCUCUCCUCUUCGGAGCUGUCCUCACUCACCGCCUUUCAUCAAGCCUUGGACCCUAUCGAAUCGGUAAUGCCAAUUUCUGCACGUGGAAAACCAGCCGGGUCGAGUAGCAAUCGUGGCAAUGGGCAUCCUGCCUCCCCGGUUGGACGUUUACUCUCCUUCCAACGUCACGAUCCUCUCUCCGCUCUUUUGUACACUGUCUUUGCAAAUUCCUCUGGGCCUGAUUCAGCCGAGGAUCUGCGUCGUACUGAAAUAUGGGCUACCACUUGCGCACGUCUAAUAACAGACGGUCGCAGUGGUAGUGGCCAGUUUAUUUGCAGUGUUCUCAACGCGUGGGCUGCCAUGCGUGAAUGGCCUGGAAAAACCAAUCUGGAACUUUAUCUGAUGAAGAUGCUCCAAGAAGGAGCAUUUCUCCUGGACAAGGCCGACGAGCAACAAAAUGGAACUCGGACUCAGCCUGAAGGACGAAGCUCCAAGGACUUGAUUGCAGCAGAAGAAUUCUUUGACAUGGCGAUCCGAUCUUUCUUCGAAGUUAUUGAUGAUGAACCUAGUGCUGGCGGGAUUCCUGAAGGAGUACUAGAAAUUGGCAAUGCCAUUAUCAAGAAGCUGGAUGAGCCAAAAAAGCAGCGUGCCGCCCAAACCUUCAUCAGUCAUGGAAUUAUGACAGGCCAUCAUAUCAGCGAAUACGCGCGCCAAAGAAUUUUGAAAGAGAUUGCCAUUCGCGCCCAAAAGCAAGUUCUUGAUAUGACUUAUAAUUGGAAGCAGGCUGUUCCCAUCCAUCCCGAAAUCCGGGCUCACAUUGAGAGUAUUCUUUUGAGAUUCCGAGGUUCCAAGUCUACACGUUCAGCUAAGCCUAUGCUACACCCGGCAAAGGCCAUUACUUCUCCCCGCGAAACCGUAGAAAUCCAGCCUUAUCUCGUUAUUUGUCCAUCCGACAUUGUGACUCUGGUCAACACGCUGUUUCCUGAACGCCGUUUAGCUUCCCGCUCCCUAGAAAAGGAAAUGCAACGUAAGACUUUGCACUCGACCACAUCCUCUAUCUCAGGGAUAUCAGUACCUCUGUCAACGCCAGCCAACUCCUUCGGAGGGCCUGAAUCUGUUUCAAUCUUGAGUAAUAGCAGCUCCUCUGUGACAAGUGAUGUGACUUCUCGGGAACCUUUACUCGAAUCUUUCGGGCAGAAGAUUUCGCUGUCGUCCCUAGAUGCUCGCGAGGAUCCUCGAAGCCUCGACCGUCCUUUAUCCACUGAGGAGUAUGGGCAGCAGUUACGAUUGGUUUGUUCUGAAAUGACCCAAAUUCUUGGCUUGGAAGCUACUGCUGGUGUCUGCCAUCCUUGUGCAGAGAAGUGGGCGAUUCUUUUUGUCUCCGGCGACGGGAAAGUCUUGAAUCUUCGAAUGCGCAAGGAUUCUAUGGAUGACGACGAAGAAGAGGAAGACUCUUUUGAUAGUGAUAGCGAGGAUGAAGGAACGGGUGAUCGUGGGGAUUUGGAACGGGAUUAUCACCAACUGAAGCACGCCAUCACUCGUCUCGUCGAAGAAUAUGAGAUUCCAAAGGAGCUUACUCCGGACAGCGAAUCCAAAAUAUUCAGUAACCGCACGACUCAUCUGGGCAAACUAGCGCAUAAGCCAAGCACACCUCGACAAGAGAGCGCAAUCCCAGUCGAGGCCCGUAUUUCGAGGAAUCCAUAUCAUGCCCAAAGCCAGCUUUCUGCCAUGAUUGCUGGCCACCAUCCCGCUCUACCAGAACGCUCUCGUCCAAUUAGUCAAGGGCGGAGCGCCAGCUUAAGUUCUAGAGACGGUGGCCGCGAGUCUCCAUCCGUGCUCCUUACCAUGCUCGAGGCAGCUACCAAUCAAUGCCGGGCCCGGGCAGACUUCAUAGCUGCACACUUGUAUUGGAAGACCCUCCAGCAACUCCGACGAUUACCUGUCCCGUCCCUCAAGAAGAAUGGCUACGCUGCAUUGUUGAAUUAUAUCUCGCGAGGACCAAGAGAUUCCCUUGGCAAGUCCGCCAGCGCGAUUGAGGAAUUUGAGGCUUGGUUUGUCUGGCUGAAACAAUCUCAGGAGCGUCAUGAUGCUGCAAUAGAGGAAAUGAUGCUAGGUUUAAAGGAGCUGAGAGAUAAGAUGUGGUACGUCACGGACGUCAGAAAUUCGGCAGGUUAUGAAGAAGCAAAGAACAUUGCUUUGGCCUUAAAAACAAUGGGUCAGCCGGCGAAACCUGCGGCAGCCAAGGCCACUCCGCCCUCGAAGCUCCGUCACGUUGCAAAAUCGUCUACAACCAAUUUCCUCUUCAAGACGGAAGCUCAAAUCCUCGACCUAAUGACAGCCUCAACUGACCAAGGCGGACCGAACAAGCUGUCAGACGAACAAGCGGAAAUGACUCUCAAAUGGCUUACAAAGUAUGGCAUCGAAAACUUUUGCAAGGGUGAGGAGAGGAUACAUCGCUUCUGCCUCGAGGUUGAUAAGUGUGUUGAUAGACUCGUUGGUGAGCGGAUCUUGGACGGCCCGGUGCUUUGGUCGAGCGAGCUGUUUUCGCGCGAUCAGCGUAUCCUUGACAGUGGUCGUCAGAAGGGCGAUCUUUUCCUGACGGGCGUGGGAACUUUGAGCAUUGCUGGAGAUGAAGAAUACGUCGUUGAUUCAGGUCGUUCCAAAUUACCUGGAUUGGAUCUCCGUUCAAGCUCCCGAGACCUUCGGUCGAUAUCGGCUCGCAACACGUCGCAACAAAGCUUUGAUUCAGGUCGAUGGAGUACUGGAAGAGGCAGCGGGCCAAUCGAUCUUACGGACUCGCAAGACUAUUUUGGGAAUGCUAGCCCUGUUCUCAGCAUUGAUUCCUCCAACACUUUUUGGUCUCCUUUCAGAGCGCAAUUGCACUCUGCAGCGACAACCGGGUCUAACAUCAGGCAGCGCGCGGGGUCUUCCACAAAUGACACGGCCAUGUUGGCCACUUCUGAGCGGGUAAACCUGGACAAGCACCGGUUUCUGCUUGACCUCAAGCAGACCCUGACAGGUCUCCUGUUGAGCGACCUUGGAAACCUAGUUUGGAGCAAGGGCAGCGAGACAGAUGCCUGGUUCACCGGCGAUCUCGGCGAAGAGUGCCGACAGCGCAAGGAAGAGGAAGAUCGCAAGCGACGAAAGGCCCUCGCUAAGAAGAAGAGCAUGCGCUCAAUGCGCAAAUCGGAGCAUCGUUCGGGGCCUCUGGAUACUUUAGGUCGCGGCGAACGAAGCCAGCCCGCUGCACCAGUAGCCACCCUAGAACAUGCGGCUCACGGCACCGUCUCUGCUGAAGAGGGUGCUUCAACGUCAUCAAGUGAUGCAACAGCCAGAUCUUCGGGUCUGGCAGCAGCAAAAAAGGCAGGUCUACUGGAGUUUCCGUUCAAUAUUGCAUUUCGUCAACUGUUACGCAAAUUUUCAACACAUCCCAAUCCAUAUACCAAGUUGCAUGCGCUAUAUGAGCUAGAGCUCCUCAUCGUUGCAUCUCUUGCCUCUCGAUCAGGGCGGUCUUUUGCCAGUCGUCGCGAUUUGCUUCCAACAAUUGCCGCCUCUCCUCCACUCGAUUCAGUGCAAGAGCUCCAAACUCGGGAGGCGACCGUCGCGGACCAUUCGCAAACCCCUCGGGCGAAGAACCUGGAAGAGGCUAUUGCCAAUUGUGAGGAACGGCGGUCUCAGAACGUUACCUUUGGAGGCCAUGUCGCAUCGCCAAACCGGUACGCAAGUGGAGGCGGUGGCGGCUCCAAUAGCGCCGUCGGUGUUCCUAGCACUGAUAUGAUUGUCGAUGUACUUCAAAGUCUUUUCCGCGACUCGGAUGCAUGUCCAAAAACACUCUUCCGCGAUCUGCAGUAUAUCGCAUCAUUUGUUCCUGCACAAAUCCUGGAUAAGACAGAGCGAGGCAAAGCGUUCUGGGAUGCUGGACUUGCAGCGCUCGGGCUCAAGCAAGAUGUGUGCCGUACCAUGGUUGAGAUUGCGGACGAUAUUGUCGGGUACCAUACAAAGAAUCGUGGAUCUUCUUCUUCUUCCUCCACGAAACGCACCGAGGAAGAUGACGAAAUGGCUCGGUUCAGCAUGGAAGAUGCGGGCAAGAUGUGGAUCAUUACCGCCAAAGAAGGCGAUCCUGUGGCCGAGCGGGAACUUGCCAUCUUUUAUCUCACGCAUCCUGAUCUCUUGCUGCGAACCACGCUCCCGCUUACUAUGCCCAAGGACACAUUCAAAGCGGAGAUGACAUAUCGCCGGCAUGAUGAUCCUAUCCGGUCAGACCCUCAAACUAUGUGCGUGGCGUUUCACUGGAUGGAAUUAUCAUCACAGGGCGGAGAUAAAUUGGCACGCAAGUACCUUCGCGCGCGUGAAGAAUUUAACGACCGUCCUUAG